AUGGCCAAAACAAUGACCGCAUUCUCCACCAAAUGGUCCUCCGAAUUGGAUAUAGAAGAGUACAGCAUCAUCCACCAAUACCACAUGAACUCACUCGUAGGAGAUGUUCCACAGUCUCUCUCAUCUCUUGAUGAUAUUACCAGUUGUUAUAACUUUGAUUCUUCUUGUAAUGACGAUUUGAUCGAAAAGAAACCUGCAAAGAUCGUCAAGACCACUCACAUCUCACCAAAGUUACAUCAUUUUCCUUCUUCCAAUCCUCUUCCUCCAAAGCUUCAGCCAUCUUCUAGAAUUCUUUCUUUCGAAAAGAUGGGUUUCAAAAAUAUGAAUCAAAAUUCCCCAAACUUAAUAUUUAGCGCCAAAGAAGAAGCUGGAUCACCAGAGCUGAUCACAAGAGAGACAAAGAGGGCUCAACCCUUGACUCGAAGCCCAUCAAAUUCUCAAGAUCACAUACUCGCAGAGAGGAAACGGAGAGAAAAACUUUCUCAAAGAUUUGUAGCACUUUCCGCCCUAAUUCCUGGCCUAAAGAAGAUGGACAAGGCUUCUGUGUUGGGAGAUGCUAUAAAGCAUAUAAAGAACCUCCAAGAGAGUGUGAAAGAGUUUGAGGAACAAAAGAAGGAAAGAACAAUGGAAUCAAUGGUUCUUGUAAAGAAGUCUCAGUUUGUUUUGAAUGAUUAUGAUCAACCCCCAUCUUCUUCCUCGGAUGGAAAUCACGAGUUCUCGAGCUUAAAUCUUCCAGAGAUGGAAGUUAGGGUUUCAGGAAAAGAGGUUCUUAUUAAGAUGCUAUGCGAUAAGCAAAAAGGUCAUGUUAUCAAGAUUAUGGAUGAAAUUGAGAAGCUUGAUUUGUCUAUCACCAAUAGCAUCGUCUUGCCCUUUGGACCCACUUUUGACAUCACUAUUAUCGCUCAGAAGAAUAACGAUUUUGAUAUGAAAAUCGAAGAUGUUACGAAGAGCUUGAGUUGUGGCUUAUCAAAGUUCAUGUGA